AUGGAUGACGAAGAAGGAAGGUUAUUCAGAUGCAGAAGAACAUGUUGUGAAAUGUUAGAAGAUAGAGGAUAUUUUAUCCCAGGGAAGGAGAGAUUGGAAACAUUUGCAGAAUUUAAAGCAAGAUAUGAGUUAUACGAUAAAAUGCGGUCUAAAAUGCUUUUGGUGGCGUCACAAAAAACAGCCUCAGAUAACAAGUUAUUGGUCUACUUCGCAGAUGAAACGAGGAAGACAGGAGUGAAGCCAAUAAGAGAAUUGACCGAACGUAUGGAAGAUCACGACAUACAUAGAGCAAUUCUGGUCACACGCAACGUAUUGACGCCAUUCGCAAAAGAUGCAAUAAUGGAAGCAUAUCCGAGAAACAUAAUAGAGAAUUUUAUGGAGACAGAGCUACUGGUAAACAUAACAAGGCACGAAUUGGUGCCGAAACACAUACCACUGACGAUGGACGAAAAGCAGAAUCUUCUACAGAAAUAUAAAGUCAAAGAGAGUCAGAUACCAAGAAUACAAUCGGCAGACCCAGUAGCACGGUACUUCGGACUUUCAAAAGGACAGGUGGUGAAGAUCAUCAGACCGAGUGAAACGGCAGGAAGAUACGUGACCUUCAGACUAGUAGUAUAA